AAUUUCGCCUUCCACGCGCGUAAGGUUAGUAUUGUGCGCGCGCUCGGCUCCCCCUCCCCGGGUUCUGGUGCGCAUGCGCCUUGAUGCCUACGGGAGGGGGAGGAGGCUGACAUACACUGUCGGGAUCCGUAGCUGGAAAGAAGGAGCAGCCAGGGAACUGUACAUCGAGCCGGGUAACCCGGCGGAUCAGGGGUUGGUUUGGAGAAAAUUACAUCAAAAGGCGUUGGGCUUGUAGCCGCUUCGCUCUCCCGCUGGCACCAUGGUCAUGGUAUAUUUUCUGGAGAACUUUUGGGGGGAGAAGAACAGCGGCUUUGAUGUACUCUAUCAUAAUAUGAAACAUGGGCAGAUAUCCACAAAAGAAUUGUCUGAAUUCAUAAGGGAAAGGUCAACAAUAGAAGAGGUGUAUUCCCGAUCAAUGACCAAACUUGCCAAGUCUGCGAGCAAUUAUACACAGCUCGGGACAUUUGGGCUGGUCUGGGAUGUUUUCAAAACGUCAACAGAAAAAUUGGCUGGGUGUCACCUUGAACUUGUUAAAAAACUACAAGAUCUCAUUAAAGAAGUUCAGAAAUAUGGGGAAGAGCAGCUUAAAGCUCAUAAAAAGACAAAAGAGGAAGUAUCUGGAACCUUAGAGGCCGUGCAAAACAUCCAGAGUAUUACACAAGCUCUGCAGAAAGCCAAGGAUCUUUAUAAUGCAAAGUGCUUAGAGCAAGAGAAGUUAAAAAAGGAGGGGGCAGCAGCAAAAGAAAUAGAAAAGGCAGCUGUCAAAACGAAAAAAGCAACAGAAAGCUAUAAACUCUGUGUCGAAAAAUAUGCUGCUGCUAAACAGGAUUUUGAGCAGAAGAUGGCAGAAACAGCCCAGAAAUUCCAGGAUAUUGAAGAAGCUCAUCUCAUCCGUGUAAAAGAAAUCAUUGAGUCUUUCUCCCAUUCCAUCAAUGAAGUCCAUAUCCAGAUUGGUCAGGUUCAUGAAGACUUAAUAAACAACAUGGCAAACAUCACCGUGGAUAGCCUAUUACAGAAGUUUGCAGAGUCUAAAGGAACUGGGAAGGAAAGGCCAGGUCCCGUUGAAUUUGAAGAAUGUAACACAGCAGUGGUAGUGGAAGGUGUAAAACAAAGAAAAAGAAAAACCUUUGGGCUGCCAGCAAUAAUCAAAAAGGAAAAAGAUACAGAAUCUGUGGAAAAUGCAGAUGCUGAUUCUCUGAACCUCCCUGCAGUCGAUGAAGAGGGAUUUAGUAUUAAACCAGAAGAAAUCCAGAAUUAUACCAAAGAAAACCAUUUCUACUCAAGUGAUUCUGACUCCGAUGAAGAUGGGCCAAAGAGAUUCCACGUGGAGAUCAAGCCUGUGCAGCCAAAUAAUGGGGCACACAACACUCUGGCCUCUCUGGAUGAGCUGAAAGUGUCCAUAGGAAAUAUUUCCCUUUCCCCAGCUGUGUCUAGACAAAGUCCGGCACAGAUGAACAGGAUCUCGUCAAGUGAAGAUAUGAAUAGGACUAAGCUAACAGGACAACCAGAGAAAGUCAACAGCGAUCUUCUCGCUUGGGAUCCAUUUUUUGGCUCAUCGCAUGAGUCGUCUCCCAUUUCCUCCUCAAGCUCCACAGCUGCAGAAAAGGAGCAGUUGGGGAAUUUUCCCUUUCCCCCCACAGCUUCUGCCUUUCCAUUUGAUGACACACCAGGUUGUGAUUCUGCAAAUACAUCCCAUAUAGACUUUGGCAACAGCCUCUUUGAUACCCGUGGCCCAGUAAAUGCAUGUGUAGAGACCACACAACCCUCCUCUUCACAGCCUCAAAAGCAUUGGACCUCUUUUUAUGGGAUUUUCAAGCAGAAUACAGGGAGCCACAGAAAACUUCAAAGAUUUCAUAGCCUUUAUGACAAAGCUGACAAUGUGCCGUAUAUUAUAUCAGAAAGAGCUCAGAGAUCCUGUGCUGUGGCAGCUGCUAGUGACUUGGCUAACAUUAGCUAUUGGUCAGAUAAUGUAUUCACUGAGGAAAGUUCUGUUUCUUUGGAGAAGUCUUCAAUAUCUUCAUCCUCCAGCAGUAGCCCAUUUUCUCCUGUUACUAAGCACAAUGUGUCCCCUCCUGCAAGGCCGACUACACCUCUUUCAGUUGGCAGCAUCGGCCCACCACCUCGACCUGCUUCACGUCCAAAGCUUUCUGCGGCGAAACUCUGUGGAAUUAAUGAAGUACCACGUCCAUUCAGCCCUCCAUUAACCACGAACACUAGUCCACCUCCGUCAGCCUCCUUGACUCGUGUCGAAAGCUCCUCCUCAAUAUCCUCGUCCGCUUCUAUAAGUGCAGCAAAUACUCCAACCUUUGGUGUCGUAAUCUUCUGGAGGAAACAUAUCUUUUUCAGCAUAUCCCGGGGCCCCAGCCCAGUCACCCUUGGGAACCAAGACACGUUGCCAGUUGCUGUUGCUCUUUCAGAGUCCGUGAAUGCCUAUUUCAGAGGAGCAGAUCCCACAAAAUGCAUUGUGAAAAUAACUGGGGAUAUGACGAUAUCAUUUCCAAGUGGGAUCAUUAAGGUUUUCACAAGCAACCCAUCUCCAGCUGUUUUGUCCUUCAGGCUGAAAAACACCAGCAGACUCGAGCAGAUCCUACCAAAUACUCAGCUUUUAUACAGUGAUCCAUCUCAGAGUGACAACAAUUACAAAGAUUUCUGGAUGAACAUGCAAGCUGUCACUGCCUACCUCAAGAAAUCGUCUGAACAGAACCCAUCAGCUUCAUACUAUAAUGUAGAUAUAUUAAAGUAUCAGGUUUCCUCAAAUGGAAUCCAGUCCACUCCUCUAAAUCUUGCCACCUAUUGGAAAUGUACCUCAAGUACAAGCGAUGUCAGGUUAGACUACAAGUACAACCCAGAAUCUAUGGCUAUGCCCAGCACUUUGUCUAAUGUACAGGUGCUGGUACCAGUUGAUGGAGGAGUUACAAGCAUGCAGUCCCUGCCCUCUGCAAUAUGGAAUGCAGAACAAAUGAAGGCCUUAUGGAAAAUUUCUGUAAUUUCCGAAAAAUCUGAAAAUGGAGGAGCUGGAUCUCUUAGGGCAAAAUUUGACCUUUCUGAUGGACCUAGUAACCCAAGCACACUUGCAGUACAGUUUGUUAGUGAAGGCUGUACACUCUCUGGCGUUGAUAUUGAGCUGGUCGGGACCGGAUAUCGACUCUCUUUAGUCAAAAAGAGGUUUGGCACAGGAAAAUACAUGGCAGAAUGUUGAUUUUAUUCCUUGUGAGAUCACAUAUUACGCAGAACAGCCUUCCUGUUAACUUAUCGAAAAACUCUUCCAUAUUGCUGUUUUAAUUACAGAUAUAUAUUUUUUAAUUUUUGACUUAUUUUAGAAGGUCUUUCUAUUUUGCUGCCAACUUAAGAAUAUGAAAAAAAAUGCACUUUUUUAAUGAUUCGUUUUGAUGAAAUAUCUACUACAUGAUGAUGUAGCACUGAAAUUUUCUCCAAUGGUGGUUACAAAUGAUUUCUUUUUUUUAUUCUUUUAUGGCAAUAUUUGUGCAUUUCUAUUAAGGCAUAACUUACAUAUACAGACCCAUGCUAUAUAUACGAAUGUAUACCAUGCAAACACCUGGUAACUGGUUCAAUGACAAGUAUCUUUUACAUUAUUUACGUUAGUAAUGGACAACCCCUGCCUUCUGAACUUUGUUGAACUAUAUCUCCCAGGAUCCUACCAGUAGAAUUCUUGAGAUUUGUAGUGCAGCAACAUCUAGAGGGCUGCAGACUGCUCAUGCUUACUCUAAUUGCUCAGUAUGAUAAUGGAGGUUGAAACUUGGGUCUUGAUACAAUAUUAGAAGGUCAAGUGUGCAGCCAAUAAAAAUGCAGUAUCUGCAGCCAAUGGAAAACCUGCUGGAGAGCUAUUUGUAGUUCAGACGGGAUGUUCAA